CGACCAGCAGUUUUUAAAAGGAUAAGGUCGAUGAUUGGAUAAUAUUUACCAAAGCUGUCCAAUCAGACUUGCUUUUGUCUUAGUCAACUAAGGUGACAAGAUGGCGGAUGAGAAAAAAACUCUUGUAGGAAACACUGUCCGUUCUGCUUCUUAUAAUGUUAUUGUGCAGGUUACGUUUAGGAUACUCACCUUUAUAAUGAAUGGGAUCCUCUUACGUUACACUACGAAAGAUAUGAUCGGAGUUGUGAACGUGCGACUGAUGCUCCUCAAUCAAACUAUCGUCUUCGUUGCCCGUGAGGCUUUCCGAAAAGCGUGUCUCAGCAAGUCAGCGGAUAAAAGAUGGGCCCAAGUCAUUAACCUUCUCUGGUGUGUGUUUCCUCUUGGAGUCGUAUUGUCCAUCAUUCUUGGUCAUGUGUGGUUGUACUAUCUGGAGAUUCCUGAUCCGGUGAAAAUUCCAAACUACCCGUUAGCAGUGAUGGUUUUUGCAGCUAGCGGGUCAAUCGAACUUUUGUCAGAGCAGCUAUGGGUUAUUGCUCAAGCGUUUGUAUUUUUGCGCCUCAAAGUUGUCGUAGAAGGCAUUGCAAACUUUGCUCGAUGUGUUAUUACUCUGGGACUGGUGGUUUUUGUACCAGACCUUGGGAUCAUUGCAUUUUGUUUUGCACAAACGGCAUUCUCAGUUUUAGUAAUGGUUUUGUAUUACGUGUAUUUCGUAUACUACAUCAAAACUGCCCCCAAGGAUCAAAAUAAUGAAGAAAGCGACUUUCCUCUUAGAUCAUUGCGAGACUUUUUCCCAAGAACUGUAUCAGGGAAGAGUUUUAUCAGUGGAGCACUGGCGCAUCUUACGUGGAGCUUUUUUAAACAAUCCUUCCUGAAGAAGAUUUUGACUGAAGGCGAACGUUACAUUAUGACACUGUUCAAGGUUUUGACAUUUUCUCAACAAGGAAUUUAUGAUGUGAUUAACAAUCUUGGUUCUCUGGUUGCCAGAUGUGUCUUUAUGCCAAUAGAGGAGAGUUAUUACACAUUUUUUGCAUACACUUUGGAGAGAGGAAGCUCUGCCCAUAAGCAAACGCCUCAGUCAACAAAAAUGGCUUCAGAUACACUGGAGGUUGUUCUAAAGUUUGUUGUUUUAGUUGGAUUGACGUUUUUGGUAUUUGGCUACAGCUAUUCUUUUCUUCUGCUUGAUAUCUAUGGAGGAAAGACUCUGAGCAGCGGAGAAGGUCCCUCUCUGCUGCGAUGGUAUUGUGUUUAUGUAUUGAUUAUUGCUGUCAAUGGCAUGACAGAGUGUUUCAUGUUUGCUACCAUGAGCAAAGAUGAUGUUGACUCCUAUAAUUACAAAAUGAUGACAUUCUCAGUGGUGUUCUUAGCAGCAUCUUGGUAUCUCACUAUUUUUGGGAGUGUUGGAUUUGUCAUCGCUAACUGCCUCAACAUGCUCCUGCGCAUUUAUCACAGUCUUGUAUUUAUCUACAACUAUUUCAAGUCAGCCCCUCAUCUCAAACCUUUACAAGGACUUUUCCCAUCAACUCUGGUUUUGAUUGCAUUUGCCUUUUCUUGGGGCAUAACUGCAAUGUCAGAAGCAAAGCUAUGCUGUGAGCAUGGAUGGUUUUACCGCAUUCUUCACAUUGGAAUUGGUGGUGUUUGUUUGUUGACUGUGGCAGUGUUUGUUUUCUUAAAGGAGAAAACUCUGGUAAAUUUUAUGUUGGAACACUGGCUUGGGAGAAUGAAGAAGAAAGAGGAGUAGAGGAAGUAAAUGUUCUGGUUAGCUUAGGAAAGGUGACUGAAGAGACAAGAUAAAUUAGAGUGCAAAUUAAACUGCAAUUAUCCUGUCUUUCUCUUGUCCAUUUGCAAUUCAUACUGGAAUAGAUAUAUCUCCUCAUGCUAAUCUUUUAAUAUGACUGCCAAGUAUGAUCCAACAGGAAUGCAAAACAGGCCCCCUUCAUAUAUCCCCGACCAUUUUCUUGGAUGAUUUAGCUUAAAGUCAACUGAGAGGCUUUUUCGUUUGUAAAGGUAAGUUUAUUAAUACAUCCAUCAUAUCAAAACGAAUGUCCUUUUGAGUGGUGUCAUUUGUAUUCUGGUGAUGUAUGUGGUAGUGUGGUAGCAUUCCAGCUGGGCAAAACAAAAUAAUGUGACCAGCAUUUAACGUUUAGUGUGGCGAAAACGUGACGAUGCAUCCGAGGAGGGUAAGAACUGGACUCAUCUCUCCUUUGAUCUGGUAGCUUUCAAACUAAAUUUUAUCAUAUCUGUAUUUUAUAUAAUUAUAGACUAAUUAGUUUAGGCAGGUCCACAUCAGCUGUAAAGUUGCGCAAAUUUUA